UCUUUUAUAUAAAACACUCAUUUUCCAUUACAAAUCAAAGCCACAAACAACUUUCUUCACACACAUUCUCUCAAAAUCCCCUCACCGGAAAAAAUCAAGAAUCUCGCCGGAAAUCACCCAUUCAAGAAUCAAGAACCCUACUUCAACAAGGCAAAUGGAUCUAAUUAAUUUCGAAGCAACCGAAUUACGAUUAGGGUUGCCUGGGUCAACUACCAAAGAUGAGCAACCGGAUAUAAAGACAACUUUAUCUCCGGUUGCAACUAAUAAAAGAAGCUCAUCGGAGAUGGAAUUAUCUGUCUCCGAUGAAAACAAGUCAUCAAAAACUUCCCCACCUUCCAAGGCACAAGUUGUAGGUUGGCCACCGGUUAGAUCAUACCGAAAAAACAUAAUUCAAGGGAAGAAAACCGAAUUAGAGUCGGGUUCCGGGAUAUACGUAAAAGUAAGCAUGGAUGGAGCUCCAUAUUUAAGGAAAGUAGACCUUAAAUUAUAUACAAGCUAUGAGGAACUUAUGAAGGGGUUGCAAGGCAUGUUUAAGUGUGUAAUUGGGUUGUAUUCUGAAAAGGAAGGAUAUAAUAAUAAGUCUAAUAAUAAUGAAUAUAAACCAACUUAUGAGGAUAAAGAUGGAGAUUGGAUGCUUGUGGGAGAUGUACCAUGGGAUAUGUUUCUUACUUCUUGUAAAAGGCUUAGGAUCAUGAAAAGUUGUGAAGUUUUGGAAAGUUGAUCGAUCUCGAUCCUAUUAUAGAGGGUUUAAUUUGUUUUUUAUAUAUUUUGAGGAAUUGGAGCCAUCAAAAAAGAGUAUAUGUAUAUAUAUAUGAUCUAUGUAAUUUUUUCUUGGUAGUUUUAUGAUGUUUUUACAAGUUUGGAUAUAUACAAAUACUUGUUUGAAUUUCAA